CAGCCUUUUCGACCGCGCGGCAGCGAGAAUGCCCAACAAUUUCUUCACCAGCGGCAGAAAUCAAUGGGAAAUGUCAGCAGCGCCCCGUCUGCCCCCGCCGCCGGAUUCAAGGGUCCUGCCAAACGAGCAGCCUUUGGCGACGUGACAAACAUGUCCAAGGGUCCUGGAGGCCGUGGGGACGAGGCCAAAGUCACAAAGAAGCCUCUGGGCGUGUCGUCAAAUCAUGUACCCGCGUCUUUUCUGAACAAGGAAAACGUGGUGAGGCCUAGCAAAGAUUCCUUCUCUCGACCUGCUCAGCGACCCCCCACAAGUGCAAGCUCAAGCUCAACAACCACUCUGGCUGCGGCAGCUACCGCUACUACCACGCAGCAAUCAAUUUACAAACUCGACGUUGAUAUUCCCCAGCAACUCCUUGGCACCAAGAGCAGUGCUGUAACGCAAAAAAAGACUCCUUCUCAAUCCGCCUCCGACCUGCAUGCGCCGCAGCCUCGUCAUCACACAAGCCAGCCACAACUGAAACAAGAAUUGCCUACUUUACGAAGAACUCAGAGCAAAGUGGAGAAGGCCGAUCGAGCCACUGGCAACAAUACCAAUAGCAUCAAUAGAGAGAGCCUCGCCCUAAUCGAAAUUGAGCCACUGGUGAUGCCUGCGCUGAUUGAAGAUUUCUUAACCGGUCACGACUCAUACCUGGACCCGCUCACUUUUCCAUCUGAAGAACCCUCGCGCGCAGACGUGAAUCACGAUAAAGAAUAUGCCGAUGCGGUAUCCAAACUCCCAAAUAUAUCUGAGGAGCCCGCUAUUGGGGUCGUUCAAACCUAUAAAGACAGUGUCACUCUCGCAUUUUCCGAAGCCGACGAGUACUGGGACGAGGACGGGGACGAGGACGAAGACGACGGUUAUGACGACCAUGACCAGGGAUAUACGACGGCUCACUCGACUCGAUCCCGCGAUAUGACAUUAGCAAACGCCACAACCAUGCUCGCGCCGCGUGUGUCUAGCCGUGUGCAACGUGAGCUGGAAGAGGCCAGAAUUGAGGUUGUGCAGACCAUUACCCGAGAAGAAGUUGAUGAAGAGUUGUGGGACGUCAGCAUGGUUGCCGAGUAUGGCGAAGAGAUUUUCGACUAUUUGAGAGAAUUGGAGAUUAAGAUGCUCCCUAACCCCCAUUAUAUGGAGAUGCAAACCGAAAUCCAUUGGUCCAUGCGGACUGUCCUCAUGGACUGGCUGGUACAGGUGCACCACCGAUUCAACCUAUUACCAGAGACCCUCUUCCUCACGGUCAACUAUAUCGACCGGUUCCUGUCGAGCAAGAUUGUGUCUAUCGGGAAGCUUCAGCUAGUAGGAGCUACGGCGAUCUUGGUCGCAUCCAAAUACGAAGAGAUCAACUGCCCCUCCCUGGAGGAGAUUGUCUACAUGGUGGACGGUGGUUACACGGGAGAUGAUAUCUUAAAGGCGGAGCGUUUUAUGCUCAGCAUGCUCGGGUUUGAACUGGGAUGGCCGGGCCCGAUGAGCUUCUUGCGGCGCGUUAGCAAGGCUGACGACUACGACAUCGAUACCCGAACUUUGGCUAAAUACUUUUUGGAGCUUACUAUUAUGGAUGAGCGCUUUGUGGCCUCACCUCCGAGCUUUCUGGCUGCUGGUGCGCAUUGCUUAUCUAGGCUUAUUCUGGACAAGGGCGAAUGGACUAAGCGCCACGUUCACUACUCAGGUUACACGUGGAAUCAGCUCAAGUCACUGGUGACCAUGAUGAUUGAGUGCUGCGAAAACCCUCUGAAGCACCACGGAGCCGUAUAUGAGAAAUAUCGAGAAAAGAGAUUCAAGGAGGCGUCUAUCCAGGUUCAGCACGCCCUUGACGCUGGUUUCACACUUCCACACCACUCCACACCUGUUCGUCGAUUACGCCCGGCGCGAAUUCCGAGUGUCUCUGAGCUGCAAUACGGCAGCCUUCUCAUCCCUAUAGAAGGAUGA